AUGUACUGUUGGUUCCCUAUGAUCGCCACUAUCUCCACAAUGAUAGGCGGAGUCUCGGUAUUUGACGAUCUCAUUGCCAGGUUGUCUGGCUUCGAAAGUGUCCAAGCCAUCCUGUUCUACAUUCACUUUUCGAGUAUAUCAGCCAAUCGCAAUUAUCGGAAGGUGUUGGAUCGUGACGAGAUUACCAAUGAAGCGCUACAGUUGCACUAUAAACUGUGCCCCAAAUGUCACGUCAUCGGGCUGUUCCUAUACGGACCCAACACCAGGAUCCGCUGUAUCGGGGCAGGGGCUGCUCUAGGAUACGAUCUUGCUUGCUAUCCUAGCUGGAACUCUUAUGCACGAUCGCUUCUGUCUUGCAUUUCUGGACCGCCGACACCCACAGAAGACGCGAAGAGUGGGGCAAGUCGGCCGACGUUAUCGAUAUGCAUACACAUGAUUGGAAAGAAAGAGCUCGGAGAGAGCGCCGAAGAGGGUAACGGAAACAUGUUGGCUGUUGGUAAAUACGGGUUUGCCGACAUGAGCCACGUACAGAAGGAAGAAUUCAGCCCGCAUUAUACGACACGCGAUCAGGGUUCCCUUACAACGCUACGGUUUCCGUCUCCUGUCGCAAUGAUGAACCCAUCUCUCCGAACAAAGGCAAUCCCUGCCGCCGCACAGGAUGUGCGGUUUCCCAACUUCUCCUGCCGCGCGGUAUCUGGCGCAAGGCGCUAA